UGCAGAGAGCAGCUUUGCAGACAAUCACUGAGGCACCUCUCUUGUUUUUCUUUGGCUCCUUCUUGUUAUUUUUAACUCAGCUCAUUUUGAAUGCCGAACCAUUCAUUUAUUCACUAGUUUUUUUCCAACCGGAGAGCCAAUUGUUGGGUGAAUAAUGCCACUUCUUUUCAAAGAAACAGUCUUUAUCUCAUUUUUGCGCGUGAAUGCCGUUGCCUUUUUGCCCUCCAUGGUAAAUGCAACCCAGGUCUGACCCACUUUCAGCGUCUUUUCCCCCGCCCCCCUCACGAGCAUCAAGCGGAGAUGUUUUCGCCAGGAGAGGAGCUCGAUGCCGAUUUGUUUACCACUCUGAAGGAGUCAUCCGGAGAUGCGAUCUCUCCAACGCUGGAGCUCAGUUUGACCACCGUCUACACCGUCCUCUACUCUUUCCUCUUUGUUUUCGUCUACCUGCAGCUCUGGCUCAUCCUGCAUUACGGCCACAAGCGCUUCAGCUACCAGAGCGUGUUUUUGUUCCUGUGCCUGCUGUGGGCAGCGCUGCGGACGACUCUCUUCUCUUUCUACUUUAAAAAUGUGGUGCAGGCCAACCAGCUGCAGCCUCUGGCCUACUGGCUGCUCUACUGCUGUCCCGUCUGCCUGCAGUUCUUCACACUCUGCCUCCUCAACCUCUACUUCACACAGGUGAUGUUUAAAGCUAAAGCCAAGUAUUCGCCUGAGCUCACCAAAUACAAAGUUCCUCUGCGCCUGUUCUUUCUCUGUCUCAGUAUAUUUUUUCUGGUGGUGAAUUUGACUUGCGCGUUGUUAGCUCAAGGAGCUCUGGUGCACUCUGACCCGCCAAGCGAUGGAGGGAUCAGACAUGCAGUCUUGGCUCGGGUCCUGAUUAACGACAGCCUGUUUGUCCUGUGUGCCAUAUCUCUUGCUGUGUGCAUCUUCAAAAUCGCCAAAAUGUCUUCUGCCAACGUUUACCUCGAGUCAAAGGGAACAUCAGUGUGCCAAGCGACCGCCGUAGGAGCCGUGGUGAUUCUCCUCUAUACUUCCAGAGCCUGUUACAACCUAGUGGUGGUGGCCCUGUCGCCGCAGGACAGACCCAGCCCCUUCAGCUAUGGCUGGUACAGCGUCUCCGAUCAGGCAGACAUACAGAAGAUCAGCGGUGAGGGAUACAUUGUUUUUGGGAUUAUUUUGUUCUUCUGGGAGCUGCUGCCCACCAGCUUAGUGGUGGUUUUCUUCAGAGUCCAAAGGCCUCACCAAAACCUGGCGCCAGGCGGCAUGAUCAACAGCCACAGUUUUAGCUCUAGAGCUUAUUUCUUUGAUAACCCGCGACGGUACGACAGCGAUGACGACCUGUCAAGGAGCAUCAAUAGCAGAUCUGAUCGAGCCAGUCUUCUGUCCACUACGCCUCAGAUGGCAACGUCCAGCUGGUAUGGCUCUAUUCAACGCAAUGGGAGUCUAGCACCGGGGGUGGCCUCCGCCCAGCAGCUACCUCCUUCCACGGCCCCACUCCUGUUUGCCCAAGGAAACAUCCAGAGUCACCAUCAUCACCAUCACAACUACUACUCAACCCCACAGAACAACUACCAACAUCAUCAACAUAGUAACUAUUAUUCCACGCCGCAGAAUUAUUACUGCGGAUCGCAGACGUAUUUCUGCACCCCACAAAAUUAAGUAGGAACCAUUGAAGACUGGAUGAGAAGAUUACAAAUGAUUUAAUCUUUUUGUCCCAAUUUUGCUUGUACAGCUGCAUCAACCCCAGCACUUUUCAAUUAAAAGUGCUGACCACACAAAUGGCUUCAACAACUGUGUGAAAAUGUGGCGAUACAAUAAAGCAAGAAAGUUGGAACUACAAGAAUACCAGCUUUUUUGAGGACUUCAGCACAGAAGAGUAGCAUUUAACCACCACCAAUAGGUGGAAAACUGAAAACAUUUCUUUUGAAUGCUUUGGUUAGAGUAAAAUAGAGACUGGAAAUAUUUGUGGCCAGAUAAUCAUUCCACUUUUAAAUUUCAAUGGUAAGGAAACAUUGGCAGCCGCUAAUUUGCUCGUCCUAAAGCUGUCAGUCAACAGUUCGGGCCGUAGCAACACUGUUAAACAAAAUUUGCCAGUCUUGUUUGAGGUAUUGGCUCUUUUACAGACAUUUUACAAAGUCUAAAACGCUGAGUGUUCGGACUCGUAUGACAGGAAUUAGUUCAUGCUAAUUCGCCAGUGCCUGCUGAAGUUGGAACUGUUAGUCGUGGUAGCAAUAAGCCAAAAAAAAAACCCCAACAACUUCAAAAUCAAUUAAAGAAAUUAAAACCUUUUAUUGUUUAAGUCAAUUUAUCACUUUUAUUAAAUUGUGGUUGAGUUCUGUUGAAACACAAAGAGAAAAAUAAAAAAAAUACUGUUAGGAAAUAGCUAAUGCUAAUUUGCUGAAGCAUGGAGAGUUAGCAUUGCUAGCAUAAAGUCUAAACUAAAAAAUAAAAACUUUGUGUCACUUAGGUCAGUGUGUUAUUUUUAUCAAAAAUGGAACUUAAGUUCCGGGGCAAAACAAGUGCUAAUAUGCUGUUGCUAAAAGAAAAAAAAGUUAAAAACUUAAAAUUAAGACAAAUAUGUAAAAUUUUGUUGUAUUAAAUUAAUUGCUAUUAUCAACUUGAUCUGAAUAAUUUUGCAAUACAAGGAAAACAGUGUGAAAAAGUCUCAUAAGAAAUUAGCCAAUGCUAGCAUGACUAUUUGGUUAAAUCUGGGAUAUUAGCACUGCUAGCAGUUAGCACAAGAUAAAAAAUAAUCUGAAUUUAAAAUGAUUGGAAAUGUUACAACUUAAUUCAGUUUAUUAAUGUUUAUAAAACUGGAAUAUAAUUUUGUUGCAACAUAAAUUGAAAAUUGCAAAAGAAUAAAUAAAAAUAAUGCUAGUUAGCGCAUCAGAUGCUCAAUUGCCCCUACAUGGGUAAUGGUUCCAUGUGACUUAUAUAAGCUCUCAUAAUUAUCAGUGUGUAUCCUUAGACUCCAUAAAUGUCUGUAAGAUUUAUGUCUAUCUAGCUGAUUAGGUGUUUGCUCUCAUUGCCUGGUUUCCUCUGUUGACUGACAAAAAGUCAUUUUCAGUUUUCUUGAUUACAACAUGGAUUCCUUAGUAUACAGGAAAAACAUGAGACUGGGGGUGAAUGUGAAUCCCUUCAAGGUGGCGAAGAAAGCGUACAAAGUACAAGAAAGGAGGGAUCUGUAAAGCUUGUUUGCGACCAAAAGGAUAUUUAAUAUGAUCAGUUUUUGUGAGCUGUGAGGCAGAAAUUUGCACUUAGUGGAAGAUCACCUUCAGAGAAAAAGGUUUUUGAGCCUGGAAUGUAGGUUUUUCUUCUCAUAUCUUAUAUUUUCUUCUGUAAUUGUAUGUACUCUCUUCUAUUUAUCCUACAAGGAAGAAAAUGUCAAUGUGCCAUCACAUUUUGUCAUAUCAGAUAGUUGCAUUCCUUAAAGAAAAUAUUUUUGCACAAGAAUUAGUCAAAGGAUGUAUGCUGUUGUCUGCUUCCAUGCCAAUCAGUUUUAUAUGCGUGUUGUGAUAUUUUUAUUGUAGGUGGUGUGUGCGUGUUUUCAAUAUUUGUCUUUGAUGUUUAGUCAGCUUUUAUACAUUGUUUUUAUUUUUUCUAACAUAUUUUGUAGCUUUAUGUGUUUCCCACAUCCUUCCUGUUUUUGUUUUCACAUCACAAGUUUUCUGGAUCUUAUGACAGCCUGUUUUUAAAUUUUAAUUUUUUUUUUGUGGUGUUGUUUACAACCCACUUCUUGAACCAAAAUCACUGCAUCUGUGGUUAAUUACUAAGAAAUACUCGCUGAUGUCAAGCAAACCUAAAGCCUGGACUGAAAGUGUUUCUUAUGCUGCUGUUUGCGUUUUGAGGUUCCAUUGCUUUUAUCACCAAGUUAUAUCGGACUUUAAAGUCCAGUGAAGGAGCUGAAGUUCUCAUCGUUUGGGUCCAGCUUUUUAACAGCGGAGCGAAAUGCAUGUUUCUGCGUCUGUGCGCAUAAUUUGCCACCGUUUCUCUAGCAAAUCUGGUAUUUGUGUGAAAGUGUUUUUAAUCUGUCUGCCACACAGAAAAUGCAGUGAUAAUUUCCCUAUCAGUUGUUUUAUGGUAUUGAUGGUUAUAUCCGUGGCCAUACUGAAUGUAACCAAAUCACUAAUGAUGUAUGCAAGACAAGCACUACCAUGUUUUAAUAAAGGUCUACUGCACUGUUUAGACAAUAGUAGUAAAUAUAAAAUGUCAAACAUACAACUGCAAAUCAAACCGUUGCACAAUGUCCUUAUUGUUUCCGCUGUAGUUUGACUGUUGCCGACCUCUUCCCACCAGUAUGCACAGUCUGUCAUGUGGCAGAUUUUAUGGACUAAUAAGAUUAAGAGGAUCAUCGUAUCUGGAACUGGACACGAGUCUGGAAGAGCAUGACCAGACAUACUCUUCCAGGGUUGCCGUCCUACCUGAAUGAAGCUUUAUUCACUGGAAAGCACUUCUGAUGUUGCUAGAAAUGUGAAGUUGUUAAGAAUUUGCUAAGAGCUAAAAUUAUUUGGUGAAAAGACAGAAAGUACCAUAGCAAUGAAAGGAUUGGCCCAGUCAAAGUCCAUGAUGAGAAAGAUGACAAAAAGGUGAAAAUAACUUUUUGUACUCAUGUACAUUCUUUAAAAAACAGUUCAACCUGUAAAUUACUAGAAUAUCCUUUCAUACAUGUAUCUGUACUUCUACUUGCAGGACAUUAAAUGGUGAAAAUUUA